UUUUUUGCAGACACAAUCAUCGCUGAUAUAUAUGAAAUUAGGUGAAAAUUCGUUUAGCGGUUCUCUGCCGCCUGAAAUUGGAAAGCUUAUACAUUUGGUGGAUUUCAAUGUUUCCCACAACCACCUUGUUGGAGAUAUACCCUUGUCACUUGCUGAUUGUUCAAAUCUGGAGAAUCUUUCUAUGCAAGCCAAUUUUUUCCAAGGUACAAUUCCACCAAAUUUGGCUUCUUUGAAGAGCAUCCAGCAAUUAGACCUUUCAAGUAAUAAGUUGACUGGUCCAAUACCAAAAGAACUUGAGAAGCUCCAAUUUUUGAGAUACUUAAACCUUUCCUAUAACGACAUUGAGGGCGAGAUACCAAACACAGGAUUUUUCAGCAAUGCGAGUCAAAUAUCAUUGAUUGGCAACAACAAACUCUGUGGAGGCAUUCCAGAAUUGGAGUUCCCACCUUGCCCAGUGAUUAAGGGGAAAAACAGAGGAAAGCUUAACGUUAUCAUAUUGCUGUCCAUUGUUUUACCUGCAACUCUGGUUCUCGGUAUAUUGUUGUUAUAUUUCUUGGCAUAUCAAAACAGAGAAAGAAGAGUGGCAGCCCGGGUCUCUAGCAUGUCCACAAGAGUCGAUAAGCAUUUACAAAUUUCUUACCAUGAACUUCAUCGUGUAACUUCAGGAUUUUCUCCGGAAAACUUAAUUGGCUCAGGUAACUUUGGAACUGUCUAUAAAGGAAGGCUAGGAGAACAUGGCAAUAAGCUUGUAGCGGUCAAAGUUCUUGAUCUUCAAAAGAAUGGGGCUUCCAAAAGUUUUAAAGCCGAGUGCAAAACAUUGAGAAAUAUUCGCCAUAGAAACGUCGUCUCUAUCAUGAGUUAUUGCUCCAGUAUUGAUUCCAAGGGUCAUGAAUUCAAAGCUCUAGUCUAUGAGUUUAUGGAAAAUGGGAAUCUGGACUUGUGGUUGCAUCCUUCAGAGACAACUGAUCAGGCAACAAGCUCAAGAAGCCUUAAUCUUCUUCAGAUGCUAAAUAUUGCAAUUGAUGUGGCUUCAGCAUUGCAAUAUCUUCACAACCACUGCGAAGCAGAGAUUGUUCAUUGUGAUCUAAAACCAAGUAACAUUCUUCUUGACAAUGAUCUUGUUGCACAUGUGGGUGAUUUUGGAUUGGCAAGGCUUCUCCCAAAACCCAUCAACAUAUCUUCCGAGCAGGGAACCAGCAGUACUAUUGCUAUUAAAGGAACAAUCGGUUACGCAGCCCCAGAGUAUGGAAUGGGUGUUGCGGCAUCAACUCUGGGGGAUGUCUACAGCUAUGGAAUUCUUUUGCUAGAGAUGAUCACAAGGAAAAGACCAACAGAUGAUAUGUUUAUGGACGAGCUUGAUCUACAUAAUUUUGUUAAUAGGGCCUUGCCUGGACACGUUUAUGAGAUCAUGGAUCCCUUGCUUCUUUCUAAAUCAGGAGAUGAAAACAAAAGAAUGACUCCUAGAGGGGAUAAAACUGAUGGUGGAAGAGAGAUGGAGUGUGUUAUUUCCCUGUUGAAAAUCGGGCUCAAAUGCUCAGAGAAAUCGCCAAAUGAUCGGAUGCACAUGAAUGAAGUUGUCGGAAAAUUACAUCAUAUUAAGGAUGUUUUUCUUGGUGUCAGGGCAUAUCAAAAAAAUCUUGAACCUUAAUAGCCACAGCUGUUUGUUUGUUGGUCUGAAUCUCCGAACUGAAGUUGAUGAGUUGAUGACGAAAUUGGAUGUUUUGAACAACAUUAUGGUUUGGGUCUUAUGCUUCUGUAAUUUACAUUAUGUAAUAAAUUGUACUACUUUAUUACAAUGCAUUGCAUACUCUUGCUUCUAUUAAGCAUGCCCUUCCAUAUGAAUGAUGAGAACGACACCAAGGGAUAGAAGGUGGGAAUCAAUUGUACGAAAAUUACG